CUUCCUUUUUGGUCUAGUGGGAGUUUGGGAUCUUAUCCAGCAAUUUUUUUUUUCUACUUUGAAUCUACUGUUUUUUUUUGUUUUUUUUUUUUGGGAAUUGGAGCUGAAUCUGUGAGUGAUUACAGAUCGGGAGUAGGGAGUUGAAGAGUAGUUUGUAGAUUUGUGGGGUGAAUUGCUGAGAAGGAGGGUGGGGUUGAUUUGGGUGAUUUGAGUUUCAGAUCUGUAAAUUUAGGGUUUUAUUGCGUUGUGGCUGCGGAAAUAGGGUUAAAUGCAGAGGCCCCAGACGAGGUAUUUGGAAAGAUCAAACACUAUGAAUAGGGAGAAACGAGGGCUGGAUCCGCAUGAUACUGAAGAGGGACAGCAUGAAAAGAAACGUCCUGCACUUGCUAGUGUAAUUGUUGAGGCCCUCAAGGUGGAUAGUCUGCAGAAACUUUGCUCAUCAUUGGAGCCUAUUCUUCGUAGAGUUGUUAGUGAAGAAGUGGAGCGUGCACUUGCAAAAUUAGGUCCUGCUAGGCUUAAUGGGAGGUCUUCUCCUAAACGAAUAGAAGGGCCUGAUGGAAGAAACUUGCAGCUCCACUUCAGGGCUGGGUUGUCACUCCCCCUCUUUACAGGAGGAAAAGUUGAAGGGGAGCAGGGUGCUGCAAUCCAUAUUGUUUUGAUUGAUGCAAGCACAGGCCUUGUGGUUACAUCAGGGCCCGAGUCCUCAGCCAAACUAGAUGUUGUUGUGCUUGAAGGUGAUUUCAACAAUGAAGAUGAUGAUGAUUGGACAGAGGAAGACUUUGAAAGCCAUGUGGUGAAAGAGCGUGAAGGAAAGAGACCGCUUCUGACUGGGGACUUGCAAGUGACACUGAAGGAAGGUGUAGGAACCCUUGGAGACCUCACAUUUACUGACAACUCUAGCUGGAUAAGGAGCAGGAAGUUCAGGCUAGGUGUAAAAGUCACCUCAGGCUACUGCGAGGGAAUUCGUAUUCGUGAGGCAAAAACAGAUGCCUUUACUGUUAAGGAUCACAGAGGGGAAUUAUACAAGAAGCACUAUCCACCUGCAUUAACAGAUGACGUGUGGAGGUUGGAGAAGAUUGGCAAGGACGGAUCAUUCCACAAGAGAUUGAACAAGGCUGGAAUACACACAGUUGAAGACUUUCUUCGGCUUAUUGUCAGAGACCAACAGAAAUUGCGGACUAUUCUUGGGAGUGGCAUGUCAAAUAAGAUGUGGGAGGUUCUUGUGGACCAUGCCAAGACUUGUGUUCUAAGUGGGAAGCUUUAUGUCUAUUAUCCUGAUGACACGAGGAGCGUUGGUAUUGUUUUUAACCAUAUAUAUGAGCUAAGUGGACUUAUCGCAGGUGGACAGUAUUCUUCUGCAGAUUCUCUGUCUGACAGUCAGAAGCUCUUUGUGGAUACCUUGGUGAAGAAGGCAUAUGACAAUUGGAUGCAUGUUGUUGAGUAUGAUGGCAAGGCACUGUUAAGCUCUAAGGAGAACAAAAGGUUGAACUCUGCUCGAAGUGAAUUUCCGAUGGGCUCAGUCGAUUAUGGCAACUCAUUUGAACAGCAACUCUCGCUCGCACGUCUACCUGUUCCUGCUCCUUCAGAGCAGCCUAUAAUGGAUACAGGCAUGGCCGUUGGGGGAUAUAAUGAUAAUCUGGCAUCUCGAUUCCCUACACAGCCCCAGCAAGUAAACUCCAAUACCCAUAUCCAGUUUGAUGGUACUUCCUUUGCCCCACAGAACCAGAUGAUUGGAGAUCCAAACCAGGCCCAAGUAACGAGAAAUGAUAAUAACAUUGUUGGACUGGCUCUGGGGCCACCACUUUCAUCGGCAUCUGCUUUCCAGAAUGUUGGUCCAUCUGUCCAAACAACUAAUCUUUCUUCUUAUGAUGAUUGGUCCCGUAACCGCGAAACCAGAGUUGAUGAAUUCUUCUCAGAGGAAGAAAUCCGCAUGAGAAGUCAUGAGAUGCUUGAGAAUGAAGACAUGCAGCAUCUGCUUCGAAUCUUCAGCAUGGGAGGCCACGGCCCCGUUAAUGUAACUGAGGAUGGGUACCCUUCUUAUCAAUCAUCGUUCCUGCCAUCCCCAUCGCCGAACUACGGUUAUGAUGAAGAACGGUCCCGCUCAUCUGGCAAAGCUGUUGUAGGAUGGCUCAAGCUCAAGGCAGCCCUGAGGUGGGGUAUUUUUAUCAGGAAGAAAGCGGCUGAAAGGCGAGCUCAGCUUGUUGAGUUGGAUGAUUAGGCAAUCCCUUGUCCUGGUGAAAUUAUGUUGAGGGUAAGCUAUGGGACUUUGGUGUUAGGCAAUCCCUUGUCCUGGAUCUAUGGUACGAGACCCAUCAAAAUCUUAUUCGACCCAAUAAUUGGAAUUUUGGGGAAUCUUCUCUUCUAUUCCUUGGAUUCUGAGAUUUGGGAUACUUUUCUGAUGACUUGGAAUCUCUGCUUGUACAAUUUUUGCCUGUACAGUAAGUUUGUUUCUGUUAACAUCCUCAUUAACACUGUAACUCAUUAUGUGAUUUCUCACUGCUGUGUGUGGGUUAUGUGAAUCCCCUGUAGUAAGUUUUGGGGGAAGGGGGGGAGCGGAGAGGCUUUUGGUGCCUGGGGUGUUCCUUCUGUGACCCGCAACACUUAUAUAUUUAUUGAUUUCGUUAUGCCAAAGUAAUCGUUUUUGUAU